AUGUAUAAAAAGCCAUCUAGAUUAGACCAUGAAGAAAUUAAGAAGUUAUUGAAGAAUGCUGACAUUGAAGUUAGCAAAAGAUAUGCGACUAACAAAUCUUCAUUAGCUAAAUACCUCAAUGAUUACAGAGGUGAAAUCAGUUACGAGAAAAUUAAUGAUUACAUUAAUAACAAAACAUUUCCUUUAAAUGAUGUUCAGGUUAAUUUAUAUCAUAAACAAUCAGUACCGAAGGAAGUUAGGCAGGAAAUUCAUGAUAUGAUGAAUGUUGAUGUAGGAAGGACAAGGACAGCAGUACCGAAGGAAGUAAGAAAAGAAAUGUAUGAUAUAACUAAUGAUGAUGUAGGAAAGACGCGUAAGGUAGUACCAAAAGAAGUAAGGCAGGAAAUGCACGAUAUAACUAAUGUUAAUGUAGGUGAAACGAGAAAGAAGAAAAGCGAUGAAGAAAAGAAAAAUAUAGCUAUAAAAUAUGCAAAAGCAAUUGCACAAUUACGCAAAGCAAACGAAGUGAUUAAAUCUAUAGAUGAUAAAGCUCUCUAUGGUGAGAAAUGGUUAAAGAAGGAUGAAAAUAAUAAACGCAAAAAUGUUAAAGCAGGAAAUAGAAUCAUAGAUUUUAACAUUCGUGAACUCAAUGAAGAAAACAGAAAUUACCUACAUGAACGUUUCGGUAAAAUGUUUAUUAGGCUUCUGCAGAAGAUAAAAGUAAAUUCACAGCAAAAAUGGAUGAUUUGUUAUAAACUUGAUGGUAAAUUUACUAAUUCAACAUUGAAUAUCGAGAACAUCGGAGCUUUACUUCAUCAGUUAAAGCAAGAAAACUUUAUAACAGAGAUUGAAGCAAACGCAGCCGGAAUUAUAGAAAAACAUUAUGAUUUCUUCAUGACAAAUAUUAAGAACCUCGAAGAAAUUAAAAUGUAUGAUUUAACUGAAUAUGAAGGAUUAACGAUGAGCGAUAUUAAGAAAGGUAAGCCACAGAAGAGAGAAAAAAGAGAUGAAAGCAAAUUAUCAAAAGACCAGAAAGAAAUUUUAGAGGCGUUAAAGCAAACAGGAAACCAAAAACUAAUUGAUACUUUCUGGAGGGAUAAUGGUGAAAAGAGAACGAAUAAAAAGAGAAGUGGUGAGUUUUGGAAAUAUAUUUGCAGAUUACCUAUAAAUCUUGAACGCUAUCAAAUUUUCAAUGAACUUAACAAAAGAACUGCAAAAUUGAUGACAGAAGAUAACUGCUUCGUUUAUGCUUGCAUUCAGGCUGGAGUUGAUGAGGAGACUGUAGACCACAUGCGUGAAGUCAUUAGAGUUAAAGAUUUUCCACAAAAUAAGAUUCAGGAAAUUUCUAACGCAACAGGCAUAGCAUUUAAUGUUACCAUUGGUUAUUUCGAUAAUUCAAAAGAUAAUAAGACAGUUCAUUAUACACCAUCGAAAACAGAAAUAAGGAAAACUAUUGAUUUAUUACUCGUCGAAGACCAUUAUAUGUUAAAUGAAAGAUUACCCAUGACAACAUAUUUUAUCAAAAAUUAUAACGAAAUUCUCAAAUCAUUAGGCGGCUGGAAUAUCGAGCGUCAAAUGAAAAUAUAUAAGAGAAGAGAAAAUAAAUUUGUCAUUGAUUCUUCACGAACAACUGCUUUAUGGGAAAUUUUGAAAACAUUAAGAGAAUGCAAUUACUUUGAACCUUUAUCUUAUGGUGAACUUUUCACUUAUGCAACAGAUUUAUAUAAACAAAAUCUCGCACCGUUUAAAGAUUUAAAUUAUACUCCUAAAUACUGUGUUCAGUUAAAGAAAAAGUCUGAAAGUAAAGAUAGUGAUAAAUCAAAACAAAAAUUCAUUCCUGAACACAUUUUCUUCGCUGACUUUGAAUGUAGCACUGAUGGAGUUCAUAAAGCCUUUAACAUUUGUUAUGACAGUGAAGAUGGAAAGAUUAGCGAAAGCAUUUGGGGUCAAAAUUGUGCAACAGAAUUUUUAGAAAGAAUUCCAGAUAAGAGUUUAGUAUCUUUUCAUAAUCUCAGUUAUGAUAUCAAUUUCAUUUUAAGACAUUUAACAGAAAUCAGUGGUACACCAAUUAUUAAGGGUUCUAGAACAAUGCAGAUAACGGGAAUAUAUAAAGGUAAAGCAAUCAUUAUAAAACAUUCAUACACUGUUAUAAAUAAGAAGCUUAAACUAUUUCCUGAAAUGUUUCAUUUACAAACAGGUCCUAAGGAAGUAUUCCCAUACAAAUACUAUUCAAGUUCUUUAUUAGCUAAUGAUAACAGAACUGGUGUCAUUUCUGAAGCAUGUAAGUUUGUCCAGGAUGUUGAAACGUUCAUGAAAAACAUAGAUUUAAUCGAAAACUGCAGAAUAAAUGAAAACCAUUUCGAUUUAGAAAAAUAUAGCUCAUUUUACUGUAAACAGGACGUAAGGAUUUUAAGAGAAGGUUUCGUUAAGUUCAGAAAUGAUAUAUUAAAAGAAUUUGAUUUAAACGUUUAUGAUUACGUUAGCAUUUGUUCAAUUGCUAAUAAAUUAUUUGAGAACAGAGUAUACUUCCCUAAUGGAAAUUUAUAUGACCUAUCAAAUAAACCUCGUGAGUUUAUUUCACGCUGUAUUCAAGGUGGAAGAUGUAUGUUAGCUGAUAAUAAGAAACAAAAGAGCGAAAAGAAACUCAUUGCUGACUUCGAUGCUGUCUCACUAUAUCCAUCCGCUAUCGCGAGACUUUAUACUUUAGAAGGAAUUCCGAAAGUUUUGAAGCCAGAAAUGUUAAACAGUGAAUAA